AUGUCAAGUUUGUCCCAGUUCCCUUUCGAUAUUCUCUAUCAAGUGGCCGGCCAACUCGACGUUGUCUCUUAUGACAGUCUUUCCAAAGCUUCUCGUUCGCUGCAUGAUUGCCUUCGGGACGAACAUACGGCGAGGAUUUCAGUCCAUGCGAGCGUUCUCUUUUCCCCAUGGUCCCAAUUGGCCCUAUCAGCAAACAAGGGCAGCUUUAGGACGACAAUUGACCGGGUCAGCUUGUGUAACAAUGCAUUUCAGACUGCAUCGCCAUACUCUGCCAGUGUUUUAGGCCAUGCUACGAGCUUCUCGUACCACGGCGGGAUUGUCUGUUACACUACAAGUUCCCACCUUCGCAUUCUUGAUUUCAAUCACCGUCCAACUUCGGAGAAGGUCUUCGCUCAUGCAUUCUUCCGAAAUUUCCUCGCUUCAUCAAAACAAGGCGCCGUCAAAGUUGAGCUUGAGACUUUCAGAACCCUUCAGCUUAAAGGGUGCGCAGAUAACGUUGCCAUCUUGACUUGCCAUUUGGGGAUCUACGGUCUACAUCUUUUUGCCGUCAAUAUAUCCGAGGACUUCUAUGAGUCAUCUCCGGGUACUACCAACAUACGUCGCUCCCGUAUCGUGCUUUCGACACCACUGAUCUCGAAUAAGAAGCUCUUCGUCAGGCACAACUCAAGAUAUAUCAUCUGGGGAACGCAUUCGGCGGCCGGGAAUGAAGGGCAUCACGAAUGGCUGCUAUACCGACAUGACCUGGCGACGCCGAACGUUGUGAGCAAGGAGCCGCUGCAGUUGAGUGGCUUUUCCGGCGGCGAGGUCGGCUCGACGGCCUGCUUUACGAUUUUCGAGGAUCAUUUUUACGCUGUUACGAACCAGGCAAGCUUCGAAACCGAAGAGGUUGACUGGACAAGCUACUACCAUGUCGUGAAGUUUCGUCUGGACAGCGAAAACCCUGACGUCGUACCUCGAAUGGUAUGGCGACGGCAACAUCUCGAAGGACCAAUCAACGACGCGUGGACGGAUCUAGGGUUCCAAAUCGACCAUCGUACGGGCGAGCUGUUGAUCGUCGAGUGUCGCAAGGAAUGGGUUGACGGCGGUAGCCGUUGUGUCCGGACGUAUUACUCUCAACCCAUGAAGAGGGCGGUUCUCCUGGAUGCCGAGGCCAUACCCCGCGCACCUCCCGAUGAUCCCCUCCGGCGGACUCUGGACGAGAAGAACAACAGUCACUACGAGGACUCGCACGUCAGAAUUGAGAGGUACAUGCACUCGGAGUACGCAAAAUAUGGAGCCGGUGAAGACGCCAGGGACCGGAAGAAGGAGUACAUUCGCGCCAAGACCAAAUGGAACGGAUACGAUUUCAACCGGCAGUGCUUCGUGGACCUCGUGAGUGACGAUGUCACAGAUGAAGGGAGCUGGCGACCGCGGGAGAGACUUCGGCUCCGGAUCGUGAGUAGGAAGGAGAUCAGCCCUCUCGUAUUGGACCAAGAAGCCUAUGUCCAUGGGACCGAAAACGAGGACCUGACGACGGGACAACGACAGAAUGGAGACUUGAAAUACCGAGUGCGCCCACGGGUCAAGGGCAAGGACGGAGUUGCACUCACGGACGGGGAGGAAAAGUUCACAUCGAGCGAGAUUGUCCUGUGGCCUUCGGACGCCAUGGAAGUCCCGAGGGGUCUGGACGAUGUGUUGUGCCCCGGCGGCAAGGCUGGCGACGUCACGGCCGUGCUCGGGUACGAGGGGAUCGUGUACCUCGCUGGGCCGGCCGACUGGACCAAAGGAGGUGAGAGGGCUCUCGUGUUUGUGUGUUUCGAUCCGACAUUUGGCUUUGACGGUAUGAAGAGGGUAGACGGGUCGGUGGCCGUGCCGAGAGCGAGGGGUGGAGAUGAUGUGGCAGGAGGGAGAGAACAAGAAGCCCGGGGGUCAAAAGAACGUGAUAAGAAGAAGAGAAGAACGAGCGAGUCGGUUGUCUCUUCAGCCGCGAUUCUCGACGGCGACACAGGCGGCGAUGUGAAGGAGAGGAUGACGGCCCACGGGCUCGUCCAGAGGACUAACAAGCGGAUCAAGAGUGAGGAGGGUGGCACCGUGCAUGAGACUGAGGCCGAGGUUGCCACCGCGCACAAGACGACCGUGACUGAGGCCGAUGCCGACGCUGGUCUCCGGCGGUCUGAUCUGUCGCCGUACCAGUCGGCACCUCGGGUGACGACCACAACUACGACUGCGGCUGCGACUUGUCCCACCCCUCUCGGCGGUCUGGGAGCCGGGCCAUCGUCGACGACUUCGGCGCCGUCUGCUCGCACCCCAGACGCGUCCAGAGACGACAAGGCGAGUGUCAAUAGUGUCAAGACGACAAAGCCCAAAGUCAGCAGCACCGCUGGCAGAUCGACAUGGCGUGAGAAAGCAGCGCAUGUAUCGAUCGGCAAGGGAUUCUGGUUACGCUAG